AUUUCCCAAAGUUCCCAGACCCACCACCCACCCUCCGGUGAUCCUGCUUUGUGCUACAUAAAAUAUUGAAGACACAUGUACACUAGUAUACUUCAUUUGGACUUUCAGCAUCUGCUACAAUUGUGUUUUCUCUUCGUUCCUUCCCAGUCUUUGUAAACCAACUGCUGCCAAUCGUCUUGAUUGUGUACUGGAGAGUGGAACAAAAGCACGUGCCAAAACACGUGGAGCGCGCGCGAGGAGGAGGACUGGAUACGAGUCUAUGCCAUCAGCUCUCUGCAGCAGCUGAGCUCUCGUCCUUUGAAUAAAUUACAGUCCACUUCCGCUGUGCUUCCGGGGGAAUGACAUCAUUUUGCUAGAUCUAGUGUCCAAAGCGCUUCAAUAACUGCUUUAGUAGUAUCCAGCGUCUUUGUCAGGAUCGGCCAACCCUCUAAGAAACGUCCUUUGCCAAGGGGAGUCCCAAACAACGUCGGCUGUACAGCCAUUUUCUCGACGCGUGAUUGACAUGCGGUUGACACCUGAAGUCGAGCCUGUAAAGAUAGUCGUCCCACCUCACGACAUCACCGUCGGACCAGAAACUAAGAAUCUCGCCGCAGUCUUUGUAUGCGGAGCAAGCGGCUUUCCUAACCCUCACAUCACGUGGCUACGUCACCAUCGCCCUCUCCUCAAUACCCCCAACAUACUCGAAGUUCAAUCAGCCGGCGGCAUGAGUCUACUCACAGUCAGCAGUCCUAAUGCCACAGAUGCAGGUGUUUACACUUGUGUGGCCGACAAUGGCAAGUCCUCACCAAUCCUAUCCAAAGCAAAGCUGGAAAUAAAAAAGGCACCGAAACCGAAGAAGCCGACUAAGCCUCCUCCCACCAACACAUCUCAACAAGUUCCAAUGUUUUGCCAUCAAACAAUUGAAGAGCACUACAUACUAACAGAGGGCUGUCGCUCAUCCACAAAAGUGAAGAACCGGCGCUGCCACGGAAUGUGCUCAUCAGACAUGCAAGUCUAUCCGACUCUCGAAAUCAACUGCCAAUCGUGCCGCGGAUCGGUCUCGUACCAAUCAGUCUUGAUGGUCUGUAGGGAUGGAACGGCACGUUAUGUGCGAACCCACAUGAUUCGAGGCUGCCGAUGCCGAGCUUGUAAACUGAACUUGUAA